ACGAGGGGCACCUGAACGCAGCAUUCAGCACACCCGCCUCGCUGCAUAAAACGAAACUUAAAAGAGUUUACCUGCACUUCAAAACCAGCUUUGCGGUGUCAGGCGAGACCCAGAAACUACCAGAAGAACGUCUUUACAGAACUUUAUAGACCACGGCAUCAUGGCACAUUACCGAGCUCCAGAAACCAAAAGGGAACAGUUCAGGAGAUACUUGGAGAAAGCUGGUGUGGUGGACACCCUGACCAGCGUUCUCGUGUCUUUGUAUGAACAACCUGAGAAGCCCAGCAAUGCUCUGGAAUUUGUGAAGGAGCAUCUGAAUUCUGGGGGUCAGCCGGCCACCGACACGGAGGCUCUGCAGCAGGAGGUGAACGACCUGAGGCAGAGGUGUGCGCGCCUAGCCGACGAAAACAAAGACCUCAAAUCAAGGCUGCAGCAAUAUGAACCUGAAGAUGGAGCCAUAGCUGAUGCUCAAUCGGUAUAACAAGUUGUUUUUUCCCCAAGACCCGAUAACACUGCAGCGUGAAAGCAGAGAAUUUUUAGGCUUUUUUUGUGGUUGUUGUAAAUCUUUUUCUACAUUUUUCUUAGAAUUUAACUUAUUCUGUACAUCUAUUUAUUUUGUUCAUUCUUUAGCUUUACUGAGAAAUGGCCCUUCUUUAUGGCUGGGAGAAGUCAGAUGUCUUUAAGACAUGGGGCAUUCCAUUAUUUUUGAGUGGUCUAUGAAAAAAAAAAAGUGCUAAUUAAAUUUCUCUGCCAUAGUUUUUUUUUUUAAACUAUCACGCUGUCCAGAGCUGCCUCACGGUACGGGGCAAAGACACAAAAUGUACUUUUCCCCAUGGAGCUGGUUACCAGUAAAUAAAGUACUUCUUGUCUUGGAA